AGGACACGAGACGCAGCGGGACACGCGCACGCAUCACCUCUGCUGCAAACUGCGCUUUUUCUCAUCAACCUAAAACCGACAUUAAAACUGUUGCGACAUCUACAAUAAAACGUUCAAAUCCUAAUGGGAAACGUGCAGCCCACGAUUGUUCCUUAUGAGGACUUUGAUGUCACUACUGAUAUCAAGGAGAUCAGAAAAGCCUGCAAAGGUUUGGGCACUGAUGAGGAAACCAUAAUUCAGAUCCUGGCCAAUCGCUCCUCAGCUCAGCGUGUGGAGCUCAAGCAGGCUUACUUUGAGAAAUAUGAUGAUGAGUUGGAGGAGGUUUUGAAGAAGGAGCUUACAGGGAGUUUUGAGAAUGCUGUGGUGGCCAUGUUGGACCCUCCUCAUAUGUACUUUGCCAAAGAGCUGAGGAAAGCCAUGAAAGGUGCAGGGACUGAUGAGGAUGUGCUGGUGGAGAUCCUCUGUACUGCUUCUAAUGAGGAUAUCAUAAGCUUCAAGGAGACAUAUGCUCAAAUUCAUGAGCGAGAGCUGGAGGCAGACAUAGAGGAUGACACUAGUGGGGAUGUGAGGAAUCUGCUCAUGUCCCUACUGCAGGCCAGUCGGGACGAGGGGUAUGAAGUGGACGAAGACUUAGCUGAACAGGAUGCCACAGCUUUGUUUGAGGCAGGCGAGGGCAGGUUUGGCACUGACGAAUCCACCUUCAGCUACAUACUCACCCACAGGAACUACAUGCAACUGCAAGCCACGUUUAAAGCCUACGAGAAUCUAUCAGGCACAGACAUAUUGGAUACUAUUGAUGCUGAGGCCACUGGGACGCUCAAAGACUGCUACAUUACACUAGUGAGGUGUGCAAAAAACCCACAGCUGUACUUUGCCCGACGCCUUAAUGCGGCUAUGAAGGGAAUGGGAACAGAUGAAGAUACUCUGAUCCGGAUCAUUGUAGGGCGCUCUGAGAUCGAUCUGGAGACAGUGAAGGACAUGUACCUGGAGAAGUAUGACGUGACUCUGAAAGAUGCCCUGGAUUCAGAGUGUGGUGGAGACUUUAAACGCCUCCUCAUUGAGAUUCUGCACUAAAACACACCACUGACCCCUGCUGGGCUUAACAGCGCCACAUCUGUUCACUCCCCCAAUGUCAUUAUUAUACCACUGUUAACACACAUUCUCAGUAUUUAUGCUAAAUAACAUAUUACUGCUGCUUUUAUAUGUAUGGCUUACACAGAAAGCUUGCUUAUCAUACACAGCUUUUUGUUAAUGUUAGCUUUUGACCACCUAAUGCCUUUAAAAGUAAGUUAGCAAUGCAGAGCUGUUGCAACAUGGAACACACAAGUGCCCAAAAUUCACUCUCACUGUAACAAUUCAAGUACACUCAGUGAAGUCUGUGGUAGCUAAAUGUUUUUAGAGAUUUUUAACGAAGACUGCCCCUUGUCUUGUUUUUAAUCUUAGCUAAUGCUGUUGUUUCUACUUCGAUAAACACUGUAACUGCUUUUACUAUCAAUGAAGGACAAGUACUGUUAAAAACAAAUAACCUCAAGUCCAAUCACUGUCUAUGCUCACAUACUUUAUUAUGUUUUUGUGUCAAAGUAAUAUAUUGUACAACAUACAGCACUGUGAUGUCCUGCUAUCUCAUAGAACACAUAAUUUAAUUAAUUGUAACAACUGUUAAUGGCUAAUGUCCAAUAGAGGGCAGCACAUUAAAAGUACUAUACAAGAGAAAGCAUUACGAAUAGCCUCAGUCUUUUAAAAAACACAAGAGGGAAAUGUGGGUUUUUAAACUUGUUUUGCUCUGUGAAUGUGGUUCUCUAUCCUGUGAUCACAUUCACUUUUUUCUUCAUUCAAAACUGUGCCUAAAAACUGAAAAAGGACUUAGUGACGCCUCUGGAGGAGUUCAAAGUGAGUAGAAAACACGACCAAACUACUUCCAGAUGACUUUUCACUAUCUUGCUCGUUCUUUCUGACUUUUUCCUCCUUUUUUCUCCUUUUGUGCUGUUUCACGUUGUUUCAAUAUAAAGGGCAAGGCUUGGGCUACACCUGUUUCUACACAUUCUUGCACUCCUAUAACAGUCUGUGCACCAUAUGAGGCCACAUACACUGUCUGUCUCUAUGGACUUUACUGUUUAAUACAAAACAAAUGUGGGAGGUAUAGACCAUGCAGGUCUUUGGCAUAACAUUUUUGUGGUUUAUCUUCAAUACAAUAAAUGUGAGUACAUUUUACU